ACUGUCGUCAGGGUCACAUACACCAACUAAACAUAGACUGUGCCCUCUCGGAGAUGACGAUUCAGUUGGUGCGAAACCAUGGCUGAAAAAAAAUUCAAGGGAGCCCCCUUUGGGACACAAUCAGCCAGGUUUGACGUUUCCUCUGUGCAUCCUGCAAACAAGAGGGUAGGCACUUACACCGAGAUACCUUACUGCAAAAGGAUGACAAGUGAACAGGAGAGAAACCUUGGGCCAGGCACAUACAAUCCGGACGUCAGUGACUUUGGUCCGCGAGCAAAAGAGAAGCAUGCCAAGGGCCCUGGCUGGAAGCGGGCCCUGGAGACCAUGCAGCAGUGCCACAUGCCGGGCCUCCUCUACAGGGAGGCAUGGGAGAACAAACACUUCCUGAAAACCAAACUAGGUCCUGCGACCUAUAAGGCCACAGACUUCAUUGAGGAGCUGAGUAAGAAGCCGGGCAGCACCAGAGGGGUGUGUAACUCCAGACAAGAGAGGUUUCCAGAGAAGCGGUGCUUGACUCCUGGUCCUGGGACCUAUGAGCAGAGGAGUGCUCCAUGGUCAGCAGUGGAGGAGAAGAGGGUGAAGUCUGCUGUGACCACGCCAUCCUCUGUGGUCUUUGGCUCAGUCAUGGACCGCUUUCCUCAAGACUCACAGCUGAAAAAGGACGUUGUUGGCCUGGGGCCGGGUAUAUAUGAUGUGAAGGCCUCCAUUGAUGAGCUGCUGAGCAGUCAGACUGGGAAGAGGGGGCCCUAUGAUCUCUUCACCGGCCGCAGGGACAAGCCCAUCUGCUCAGGAUACCUGGCCAGCCCGAAAAAAGUCAACAACCUGUGCCCGGGGGAGUACACUAAGGAGAUGCCCAGGUUUGGAGAGCACCUGGAGAAACCAGAGAAGAGGAAGCAUGGCGUCUUCAGCCGCCUGGAGCAGUACCCGGAAGUCAACACAGACAGGAUCUUCCUCUGCACCCAGACACAAUGCAAGAAGCCUGCAACCAGUCCAGGCCCAGGUUGGUAUGAGGUGGCCCCAGUCAGCCAGUCAUCCAACCAAUCAGGAAGCUGCGCUACCCCAGCCCCGCCCUUCCUCACCGCGGCCAAGAGAGUCAACAAGAGCCUGGUACAGCAGACGAGAGUCUGUGGGCCCGGCGACUACAACAUCAUGGAGAAGGGCAGAAGGAGCGUCAGCAGCCACAAAUCAGUCUUUGUGUCUGAAACAAAGAGAUAUCCAGACAGCCAGCAGCGGGACAAGCAUUUACAGGAGCGUCUGCAGACCUCAAAUGUGGGUGUGUCCAGGAGGGCCUUCUCUGCGGCGGCCUGAAGCACAUCGGGAUGAGUGGGGCACAGGAACACACGGCUGGAGAGCCAACGCAGGACGCAUUACUAAAAAACCAAAAGGACUGAAAGAAGGCUGCAAUCUAUUUUUGUUUAAAGUACAAAAUGUUUCAAAUGAU